GUCCUGUUCCGCUGCGGAGCGGUCCUGAGAUCUGCGCCUUCCCCCGGGGCUUCACGGGCCGUCGUGCGCCCGCCUCCGGGCCCCUCGCUGAGUGUUGCUGGUGCCGACUCUUAGCGACCCUGGAGGACAGAGCAGAACUGCCCCGUAGGGGUUUCUAGGCUGUGAGCUCUAAGAAAGCGGAGCGCCACGUCUUUCUGCCACCUGGCGACUGGUGGACUCGAACCGCCGACCUUGACGUUAGCAGGGAGAGGUCGCUUUAACAUCCCAGAAAAGCGUACUCGAGUCUGUGUUUGAGUCCAGUGCAACCCCGGGGGCAGCAGCGCACCAGGUGGCAGAGGCCGGAUAGCCUCCUGGGCACGAAGAACGUUGACUGACUUAGAGGUUCGGUUUCCGUCGGGUUUCUACCUGCUUCGGAAUCGUUUCAAAGCUCGGUGCCUGUUUUACUCGUAAGCGCAGAUGUGUUUUGAACUCAUGGUCAUGGCGGCAAGCCUGGAAGACCUGCUGGGGACCGGGCCGCGUUCUGGGCACUUGGCAGAGGUUUCUCGUCUGUUAAUUGCACAAAAAGAAACGUAUCGUUCAGAGUCUCAGGCUUUGGAAUAAACUUAAGAUGCGGCAAAAUCCUGUUUCAAAGUCAGGCUCGUAACUCAAGUUUCUCUCAUUUUCCAUCCUCCGUUUUUAAAUUUUGGAGGAAAAAUAAUAUUUUAUAGCUAUUGUGUCUGACAGAACUCGUUUCUUUCAUAAUAUUUCGUAAACCCUUCCUGUGCUCCAGGUAACUGUUCUAAACUAAGCUCUUCAUUUAUCUCAUGUAAUUAGUUUAUCUCUUCCCCAUUUUACAGAUGAAGAAACUGAGGAACAAAAACUUACCUGCUGAAGGUCUCACAACUAGAAAAUGGCAAAAUUGAGAUGCUAGUAUAAUGCAUUGCUUUUUCAAAUGCAGAAUGCCCAAAAUCAUGCAUUCAGCAACAUCGAACACCUACCGUGAGCUGGACAGAGGUUUGAAAACAUGGCCAAAAGAAUUGCUGAGAAGGAAUUGACAGAUAGGAAUUGGGAUCAAGAAGAUGAAGCAGAAGAGGUGGGAACAUUCUCGGUGGCCAGUGAGGAAGUCUUGAAGAAUAGAGCCAUAAAAAAAGCAAAACGUAGGAAUGCUGGAUUUGAAUCCGAUAGUGGAGGGGCUUUUAAAGGUUUUAAAGGCUUGGUUGUACCUUCUGGAGGAGGAGGAGGGUUUUCUGGAUUUGGGAAUGUCUCUGCAGCGAAGCCUUCAGGACUGUCAAAUGGAAAUAGCAUGACCAGCACCCCUGUGUCUGCCAGUCCCAAGGCAGCCACAGAGACCAAGACGACUUUUGGUUCUGUUACUACAAAUGGUCCUACCUCCUUGGUUGAGAAAAAUAUUUCAGAUCCCAAAACUAAUGGCAGCAGUCAGCAGCCCUCCGGCUUUUCAGCCAGUGCAACGUGCCGUGGCAAUGCCUAUCACAAGCAGUUAGCAGCCUUAAAUUGCUCCGUCCGCGACUGGAUCGUGAAGCAUGUGAACACAAACCCACUCUGUGAUCUGACACCUAUCUUCAAAGACUACGAGAAAUACUUAGCGAACAUCGAACAGCAACAUGGGAACAGUGGCAGCAGUAAUUCUGAAAGUGAAACUAACAAGACGUUGGUUGAAACACAGUCUCCUUCACUCUUUGGUUCAACAAAAUCACAGCAAGAAUCAGCGUUUUUGUUUCAUGGCAGCAAAACUGAGGCUUCGUCCGAGAAGACGACGGACCCGUCCCCAGGAACAGCAAGUGCCUCGUUUAACUUUGGCAAAAAAAUCGACAGCGCAGUUUUGGGCUCGCUGAGCUCUGGGCCCCUGGCUGGGUUUUCAUCCUCCCCAGGAAAUGCCAGCAGCUUAUUUGGCAAAGAUACUACCCAGAGCAAAGCAGUGUGUUCACUGUUUGCCACCAAAACGCUGGAGAGCCAAGCAGAAGGUGGGAGCAGUGACUGCAAAGGUGGAGACCAAGAAGAGAGUGAUGAGCCACCCAAAGUAAUCGUUACUGAAGUCAAAGAAGAAGAUGCUUUUUACUCUAAGAAGUGCAAACUAUUUUACAAGAAAGACAACGAAUUUAAAGAGAAGGGUGUAGGUACUCUGCACUUAAAACCUACAGCAAAUCAGAAGACACAGCUCCUGGUGCGGGCAGACACCAAUUUAGGCAACAUAUUGCUGAAUGUCUUGAUUCCACCCAACAUGCCAUGCACCCGGAUGGGGAAGAACAACGUGCUCAUUGUCUGUGUUCCCAACCCUCCCAUCGAUGAGAAGAAUGCCACCAGCCCGGUGACCAUGUUAAUCCGGGUCAAGACUAGCGAGGACGCCGAGGAGUUGCACAAGAUUUUAGUGGAGAGGAAGAGUGCCUGAGGCCAUGGGCCCAGUGGGGCGAGUGCUGCUUCCCAGCACCCCUCACCGUGCUGGUUUUCUCCUCUCCUCCUCUGACAUUCUAAGAACUUAGAGAUAACUGAAAAACUCCUGUGAGGACAUGAAUAUGGCCAAUAAACCUUUGAAUGUUAA